UUGGGCCACGCGUGUCAAAGAAGUUUCAAUGGCGUGGCAAGGGCUGAUGGCCGAGUUCCUGCAGGUGCCCGCGGUGACGCGGGCCUACACCGCGGCCUGCGUCCUUACCACCGCUGCUGUGCAGCUGGAGCUCCUCAGCCCCUUCCAGCUCUAUUUCAACCCACACCUCGUGUUCCGGAAGUUCCAGGUCUGGAGGCUCGUCACCAACUUCCUCUUCUUUGGGCCGCUGGGAUUCAGCUUCUUCUUCAACAUGCUCUUCGUGUUCCGCUACUGCCGCAUGCUGGAGGAGGGCUCGUUCCGCGGCCGCACGGCCGACUUCGUCUUCAUGUUCCUUUUCGGGGGUGUCCUCAUGACCCUGCUGGGGCUCCUGGGCAGCCUGUUCUUCUUGGGCCAGGCACUCACAGUCAUGCUGGUGUAUGUAUGGAGCCGCCGCAACCCCCAAGUGAGAGUCAACUUCUUCGGCCUCCUCACCUUCCAGGCACCAUUCCUGCCCUGGGCGCUCAUGGGUUUUUCUCUGCUGUUGGGCAACUCAAUUCUCGUGGACCUGCUGGGGAUUGCUGUGGGCCACAUUUACUACUUCCUAGAGGACGUCUUCCCCAACCAGCCUGGAGGCAAGAGGCUGCUGCUGACCCCCAGUUUCCUGAAGCUGCUACUGGAUGCCCCACAGGAGGACCCCAAUUACCUGCCCCUCCCGGAGGAGGAGCCAGGACCCCUGCAGCAAUGACCCUACCCAGGGCCAGCCUGUUUUCCUGGCCUCUGGCAGGCCUCCAUUCUACCCCUAACUCUCGAUUACAGGAGAGCAACCUGUCCUGGAGACUGGGCUGGUGCCCAGGGCCCACCCAAAUAAACAGAAUGACCUGCA